AAACGAGAGAGAGAGAGAGAGAGAGAGAGAGAGAGUGCAGAGAAGGAAAACUGACCUGAUAAAUUGGCGGACUUGAACGCAAUGUUAGCUGCGAUUUAGGAAUGUGUUAAGGUCCGAGACUCCACUCCCACUUCGACCUGUCAAACCUCUCUCACUGGUUCUAACCUCUAACUUAUAGGGUAGAGGUAUAGCUAGCUCUUCCCUUCAUUCAUGAGCUUCUCUGAGUGAGUUGAUCUCAGUGUCUCAGUGAGAGAGAGAGUAUGGUGAGAUCCUCGAGCACCUGUUUCAAGAUCCUUGCAUGUGGCAGCGAUGCUGUUGAGAAAGAUGACAUUGAACAGACUGAGAGCAAAGAGUCUACGGACAAACGGGGAUGGAGUUUCAGAAAGAGAUCUGCCAGGCAUCGAGUGCUAAGCAACACUGUUAUCUCAGAAACGCCAUCUACUGGGAAUAAGGAGAGCCCAGAAUCAAUUGCAGUCGUCUCUGAUCCACAACCUAACUCAGCUGUUCUUGAGAAAGUAUCUGAACCACAAUGGACAGAUGAGAAACCUGAAUUAUCAAUGGCACUGCACUUAAGAGUAACUGAUCCCCCAGUUGCCACAGAGAAUACAUGUAAUCCCAACCUAGAAGAAUCUGUUGCUGUUGUCAUCCAGGCUGCUAUAAGAGGAUACUUGGCAAAAAGAACUCUCUUGAAGCUUAAGAAUGUUGUUAAGUUGCAAGCUGCUGUACGUGGGCAUUUGGUCCGGAGGCAGGCUGUGGGAACUCUACGCUGUGUUCAAGCAAUUGUCAAGAUGCAGGCUCUUGUCCGUGCUCGCUGUGCUCGUCUGUUAGUAGAAGGGUCGGUUAAUGAGAGAACUGAACAAACUGUGAAGCCCUUGGGGAAGGUAGAUUCGGGAACCAAGCCAAACCAAACUUACUCUUCCACUAAGAAACUGCUUAGCAAUGGUUUUGCUCGUCAGCUUUUGGAGUCAGCGCCCAAGACAAAAGCAAUACACAUCAAAUGUGAUGCUUCGAGAUCUAAUUCAGCAUGGAAUUGGUUGGAGAGGUGGAUGUCCGUAUCAUCAUCAGAACUUGCUCACCCAGAUAAACCAGUGUGUCCAGAGAAUGAGGAACAAGGAGAGAAUACCAAGGCAUCUGCUUCUGAAGAAGGACCUGCACCACCAGCUGCAGCUGUCUUUGUGACAGCAGAUAUAAAUUCCAAUAGCAGGGAAGCAGUGAUGGCACUUGAGAGUGAAGAGAACUUGAUCACUUAUGAUGCAGAUGACCUUGAUUUUCAAGAUGGGCAUCCUAACUUUUCAUUGAAAAGAGACGAUCUUGAUCAGCCUUGCAUUGAGAAUGUGGAUUUGGGAAAAGCUCAAAAUGCAGUUCAAUUAUGCAUUCAGGAUGAUCAUUCAAGCUGCUCGCCAGUAAAAGAUGAUCUUGAUAAGCCUCGAGUUGAGGAUGUGUGUUUGAGUGAAUCGCAAGAGGCCUCUUCUAAGAUAGAUUUGUUUCCAACUCAAGCAGAGACGCAAUCUGGUGUUAUUUCUCAGACAGCGCUCGAUUCUGUUUAUGAGAAGCCUGGGUUAAACAGUGAACAGCCAAAACGUACUAUGAAAAGGGUUGCAUCUGACGAACUAGAAACUGAGGGUAAGAAGUUUGUUUUUGGAUCAAGAAAGGCAUCUAAUCCUGCAUUUAUUGCAGCGCAUUCAAAAUUUGAAGAGCUGAGUUCAUCAGCAACAUCAGGUAGGUCAAUCAGUUCAACUAAUCAAGAUCUUGGAGCAGAUUCGAAAUCAGAUAAUCUUCUUUCUCCUGAAGAUUCUGUCCCUAGGACCAAGGAAUCAAGCCUUACAGAGUAUUCAAUCUCUCACGAUCCAAAAGUUCAGGUUGGGGGUUCAGAAUGUGGAACUGAACUUUCUAUAUCUUCCACUCUUGAUUCCCCAGACAUAUCUGAAGUUGGAGGUGGAGAACUUGAACAUGAAGCCAAAGUUACAGAAAGAGGAGCCAACAAUGUAAACAGUGCAGUUGAUAAUGGACAUAAACUUGGAAGUUCCAGUCUUGAGGAGAAAAGUUUUUCCUCCACUCCACCUAAUCUAUCCCAUGAUGUCUUUGGUCAGCCAGGGAAGCCUGAAGAAGUUGACAGAGAAUCCACCGAAUCAGUUGUAGCCGUAGGCCCUCCCAGAAUGGAGCAGCAGCCAGACAGAAGUGUGUCAGAUGUACAGGCUCAAGUGGACAGCAUCAUGGAUCAGCAAGCCUGUAAAUCAUCUCCAGAGGGAUCUCCAAGAAGCCAUAUGACUGCCGCUGAAUCACAUGGAACACCAUCAAGUCAGGUGUCAAUCAAAGCUAAGAGGGACAAAUUGGAAAGGAGUGGGUCCAACCAAAAACGGAGGUCCCAGACAAGAAGUAAGAGUUCCCUUUCAAAUCAGAAUGACUCGGGUGCAAGAAGUAGUACAGAUCAAUUGCCCAGGGACUCCAAAAAUGGGAAGCGGCGUAACUCAUUUGGUUCAGCAAGAUCUGAUCCCAUUGACCAGGAGAGAAGAGAUAGUAGCAGCAAUAAUUCUCUCCCCAGUUACAUGCAAGCAACAGAAUCUGCUAGGGCCAAGGCCAACAAUACCCAUAAUUCUCCGAGGUCAAGUCCAGAUGUGCAAGACAAGGAUAUUUAUAUCAAAAAGCGACAUUCCCUACCCAGUGCAAAUGGAAAGCAGGGCUCCCCUCGCAUGCAACGGUCAACAUCACAAGUGCAACAGAGCGUCAAAGGAAAUGGCAUACAUUCUCCUUCUGAGAGAAAAUGGCAAAGAUGAUGAAUUUCUCUGAAGGGGCCUCUCAUGCAAAGUUGUGGAGACAUUUGAUCAGCCUUUCUCAUGAGCAUCAGCAGUAAACUCAUGUCAAGCUUUAUCAAGGGUGUUUUAGUUUGGGAUAUCAGGAUUUUGCUCUGUUUGAGGUGUAUGGAAUGGGCAGGGGGAGAUGGAGGAACCCAGGAUUGAUUUCAUGUACAGUCUACUGUCUCAAAACUCCUGCCAUGAGGUGUGCUUGUGUGUGUUAUGUCUUUACUUGUGUGUAAUAUUGUUUGAUUGGCUUCAUGGAGAUGUCUCACAUUCUUAAGGUUUAUCUGGAGUUUGACAUUACAUGUAAGAUGGAGAGUGUCAGAGAGCUUGCAGUCUUACAAGAAAAAAAAAAAAGAGCAUUGCAGUUAUUGAAAUAAGAUGAAAUAUAUACCUUGUGCUUCA